CACACACAGGGUUUCCAGUUUGUGCCAUUCUUUAGUGCAGCAGCGAGUCUCACUGUCAGGAAACCUUGACAAUACUUGAUUGAGUUAUAAGAAAGAAGAAAACCCUUAUGCCGUGAAAUUCUGUUUAAGCUGUAGAAAUGGCUGAGACAAGAAAGAGAAACCAAGCUGACUCCGCCCUCUCACUGCCCAAACAGCCAAUCAGCUCCCGCAGUGGGCUGCUAGUCAGUUCACAGACGAAUAGAGAUGACUCUCCCGGUUCCAGCCGUGUGUCUAUGAAGAGUGAUGGAUCCAUGUACCAGCCAGUUAAUUUUGGUGACAAGCAACAUCAGGGUGCAACUGAGUCCAGAACUCCCAGUGUUGUCUCUAUGAAGAGUGAAGGAUCCAUGUAUCAUCCAGUCAACUUUGGAAAGACACAAAGCUGUCCAGUGUGUGAUGAGGUUUUAAGGGAUCCAGUCCAGUUCAUGUGUGGACAUGAGUCCUGCAAACAGUGUGUCUGUUCAGACCAGUUUGAUUCACCAGCAGAGGAGUCCUGCCCACAGUGUGGAAAGAAAUCCAGAAAAACACUGAAAAGCUUGAAAGAUACUGAAGAUGACAGUGGUGACAUCAAACUGUUUGAGGCAAAGAAGAAAUUGAAAGAAGCGAUGCAAAGAAAAUUUACUUUGGUGUCUGAAGGUAUUGGUGACAAGCCGAGUCCUUUGAACAACAUCUAUACAGAGCUCUACAUCACCACUGGGGAGAGUGAAGGGCCUCGUACAGAGCAUGAGUUCAGAUAUGGCACAAGUAAACUGGAAACAUGUUCAUCAGUCAGUCUGAGUGACGUCUUCAGACCGUUGCCUGGUCAACACACACCUCACAGAACAGUUGUGACGAAGGGCGUUGCAGGAAUUGGAAAAUCAUUUUCUGUGCAGAAAUUCAUUCUUGACUGGGCCGAAGAGAAGGAAAACAAAGACGUAGAUUUUGUUUUCAGCCUUUCUUUCAGAGAGUUGAAUUUGAUUUCAGGUAAAAAAAGCCUACAUGAGCUUCUGACUUUAUUUCACCCCACACUGUCUGAUCUCAAAGAUUCAGUGGAUUAUACCAAAACCAAGACUGUCCUGAUCCUGGAUGGUCUGGAUGAAAGCAGGUUUCAGCUUGACUUUGAAGGCUUUAAGACUAUAACAUCUGUCAAGGAAGUAACAUCUGUAAGUAAUCUCCUAGCAAACCUCAUCCAGGGUAACCUUCUUCCUGAUGCAAAGCUCUGGAUUACUUCCCGUCCUGCAGCAGCCAAUCAGAUCCCUGCAGAACAUGUUGACAUGGUGACAGAGAUAAGAGGGUUCAAUGAUCCUCAAAAAGCUGAAUACUUCAGGAGGAGAUUUAGUCAUGAUCCAGGUCUUGCUGAAAGGAUCAUUAAACAUAUUCAGGCUUCACAUAGUCUCGACAUCAUGUGUCAGAUCCCGAUCUUCUGCUGGAUUUCUGCAGUGUUAUUCCAGGAAGUCUUUGGAGGAGACACUGAAACUGAAAUUCCUCAAACUCUUACAGAGAUGAUGUCAUACUUUCUCUGUGUCCAAACAAAACACAGAAGCAGAAAAUAUGACAAGGACGUUGAGACAAACAAAGAGAAGCUUCUGAAAACACAGAAAGAAUUUCUUCUGAAACUCGGCAAGCUUGCAUUUGAGCAGCUGCUGAAGAAAAAUCUUAUCUUCUAUGAGGAAGACCUGGAAGCCUGUGGCAUUGAUGUUAAAGCAGCAUCCAUCUACUCUGGAUUUUGCACUACAGUUCUUCGGGAAGAAGAAAUAAUUUUCCAGAAAAAUGUCUUCUUCUUUGUGCAUCUAACUGUGCAGGAGUUCUUUGCAGCUCUCUACAUCUAUGACUGUUUCAUUAACAAUAAUACUAAAGAUAUCAGUAUCUUCUUUGAUUUAAAGGGCAAGGAGCAUACUUUAAUUGAACUUCUUAAAAUAACAGUAGACAAAGUGCUGGAGAAGAAAAAUGGCCACCUGGACUUCUUCCUGAGAUUCCUUCUUGGACUUAUGGUUGAACCCAAUCGCAGAGUCGUUCAGGGUCUGCUGACUCCACCAGAUCAAAGUCAAGAUACUGACAAGAAAAUCCUGACUUACCUAAAGACUAUCAGAAGGAAGAACCUCUCUCCAGACAGCUGCAUCAACCUUUUCCAGACUAUGGUCGAGAUGAGAGAUCACAAAGUCAAAGAUGAGAUUCAGGAAUAUCUUGCACUGUCAGAUCGCUCAAAAACAGAGUUGACUCCCCUGCACUGCUCUGCACUGGCCUACAUGCUGCAGGUAUCAAAGAAUGAUCUGGAAGUCUUGGACUUAAAGAGUUACAACACAUCAGAUGAGGGCAGAUGGAGGCUGAUACCAGCAGUGAGGAGCAGCAAAACAGCCUUACUAGCAGACUGUAAAGUAACUGAAGAGUGGGUUGAUCAUCUGGUCGCUGCUCUCAAAUACCCCUUCUCACUGCUAAGAGAUCUGGACCUGAGCAACAAUGACCUGAAAGAUUCAGGAGUGGAGCUGCUCUGUAAAGGACUGUCGAGUCAGUGCUCCAGACUGGAAACUCUGAGGUUAUCUGGGUGUCUGGUGACAGAACAAGGCUGUGAUUAUUUAGUCAAAGCUCUGAAGUUAAACCCCUCACAUCUGAAAGAGUUGGACCUGAGUUACAACUAUCCAGGAGAAUAUGGAGAGAAGAAGCUCUCUGAGCUGAGGAAUGAUCCACAAUACCGGCUCAGCCAAGUCAAUUUUGAACAUGGUGGAAGUCACCGGAUACACCCAGGAUUCAAGAAAUAUGCCUGUGCGCUCACUUUGGACUCCAACACAGCUCACAAGAACCUGCUGCUCUCUGAAGAAAAAAGAAAGGUGACCUGGGUGGAGGAGGAGCAGGCUUAUCCUGAUCUUACAGAGAGGUUUGAUCGCUGUCAGCAGGUGCUGUGUGAGCAGGGACUAAAAGAGCGCUGCUACCUGGAGAUGGAGGUGUCAGAGCCCUUAUGUGUUGGGUUAACAUACAGAAGCAUUGGCAGGAAAGGAGAUGUGGAUGACUGCAAGCUGGGACAAAACAACAAGUCUUGGUGUCUGAUUUGCUCUGAUGGUGGUUGUUUUGUUCAGUGCGGGGAAGAGAAGGUCUGUAUAUCAUCUCAGUGUUUGCGCUGCAGUCGGGUUGGGGUGUAUCUGGAUUGGGAAGCUAGCACUUUGUCCUUUUACAGAGUUUUUUCUGGUAGCCUCAUUCACCUCCACACCUUCAAAACAACCUUCACUGAUCCCCUCUACCCUGCUGUUGAACUUGACACCCGUUCCUCUGUAUUGUUUUGUCAGCUACCGUAGAAAGAAGUU